AGCGGCCCGAUGGCACUUCUGCUUUCACAGGCUGUGCAUGAAGGAAGCUGAAAAUGUGGAAAUAUGACGAAACUAAACUGCUCCAUCCGGUAUAACGAUCAGAGAACCAACGGUGACUGAAACCCCUGAAGGCCUCAGUGAUUGGCAGGCGGUACACCUGAGCAGACGGAGCUGUGGCUGCACAGAAGCGACACAAACGAGGAGCUUGAAGAUCAGCUUGAUUUAUGCUGUGAAGAGCAGAGGGCGACGCUGCUGGUGUUUCCUGGAGUGAUGUUUGUAGCUACCUGUCAGUUUCAGGUCUUUUAGUGUGAAUGACAUGGCAGAAGGACAUAGCGCGUGUGACAACCAGCAGGCAAAUCUUCCUUCUUCAAGCUCCCCUCUGUCAUCUGCUUGCUACAGCUCCUUUCAAACAUGGCUGCCAGGUGAGUCGCCGCGGCGGCCGCUAUGGACGGCUCAUCAGCAGGACCAUCCCAUCAGGGCACAGUUGAAUGAGCUACCUCCAUCCACUUUCUAUGAGGAACUGGUCUGUAGCAGCCAGUCCUCGGCCCCACUGGUCCGUCUGAGUGGUGCUAAGGCCCUGACGGCCUCUGGGCCACAGGGCGAUGUGGUCAAACAGGGUUAUCUGGGGAAGCUGGAGCAGAACCAGAAAAGAUAUUUUGUCCUGAAAGCAGGAAGUCACACCGGGCCGAGUCGACUUGAGUGGUACAAAAACCAGGAAAAGUUCUCCGCAACGGGGAAGUCUUCUGGUAAAGCUGCACUGGUGGGCUCGAGUAAACAGGGUGUGAUCUAUCUGAGAUGCUGUCUUGGUGUCAGCCGGAUUGGUAGCUCCAGGAAAGGCCACACGGUGGCGCUCUACACAAAGAAUCAGACCGUAGUACUCGUGAUGGAGGACCAGCAGGAACAAGAUGAAUGGUACCAGUCUGUUAGGAAACUGAUGGAGGAAGAACACAAGGAUGAGGAGCAAGGACAAGAAUUAGAUGAGGAGGACGAUGGAUACUGCACUCUACCGGCGGCUGCUUUUUACAAAGAGGUUUGGCCUGUAACCGUGAAACCCAGAGGUCUGGGCCGGUCCAAAUCCCUUGCGGGAGAGGCUCGACUCUGCCUCACGGCCACUGCACUCGUCUUGGUCCGAGUGUGCGCGUGUAAUGACUUGCCAUCAGUUAAAAUACCUUUGCUGAGCGUUCGACGCUUCGGCCACUUGGACGGCUCAUUCUUCUUGGAGCUCGGCAGGUCAGCACCAAACGGUCCUGGAGAGAUCUGGAUGGAAGCAACUGAUCAAGGAAACUCCGCAGUCGCCCAAAACAUUCACGAGGUGAUUCGAGAGACUGUACAAGCACUGCGCGCUCUUCCUGACUUCAGCCGUUCACCAUCUUCCAGCAACAGCCAUCCUCAAGCACUGUUGGCCUCCAAACGCAGCCGACCCAAAUACAGAGACAAGUGUUUGAAUGUGAGACCAACUGACUUGCCCCUGGCUCUGCCCCAUAGUGUUCCUGACAUCCACUCUAGCCCAACACAAAACCACCUGGAGCCCUGCAACGCAGACAAAACCGAUGCCUCUGCUCUGAGUUUCACUUUUAGAACUCCGCAGAGAUCCACAUGUGACACUGACAGCUACGUAGAAAUGAAGACUGACCAAAGCUGGGAGCUUGGUGACGAGGGGGAGAGGCAGGGGUACGUGAUGAUGUUCCCUCAGCUCAACCACACUUCAUCUCUGCCUAAGGACGACUACGUGAUCAUGUCAAGUCCACAUAAAGACGGCCAUUCAGCUCAUUCCUCCUUUUCUCUUCAGACGUUCAACAGCUCCACCUCUGAAGGUUGCUCACCUCUUCACCCAUCACAUCAUCAGCCUAAGGAGCACCAUCUGUCUCACUGGCUUGUGACUUCGGUUCGACAGUGGGAAGCACAAAAGGACCAUUCACAGAUAAGCAUCAGCUCUGCUGACGCAACACAAACUACACAGGGCAGCACGACUUCUCCUGUGUUAGGCCUGAUGGCACCGUCUGACGUGAGUGGACCAGUCUAUACCAGGCCAGACCAGUCUAGUCCACUCCAGGCUGCUGAGUUCAAGCCUGCUCGAAGACACAGACUGUUGUCCUGUCUGCCUGCCUGCCUGCAAGCAGAGGAAAAAUAAUAAAGGAAAAAAAUUAAUACUUGUCUAUUGCACAGACUUGUUGCACUGAGCACGAAGUCUGUACAUGAAUAAAGAGUCUUACAUCCAUACUACAGGUAAUGCAUAAGAAAAAUAAAGGCUUUGUUAAUACAAAAUCAA